UUAUCUGGGCAAUGACUAAUUUAUUUACAUAUCAGUAUGACUAUGUAUACCAACAUCAGUGUGGAUUGAAGUUUAAAUUUACAUUUUUAUGACAUAAUUAUAGUGUAAACAGACAGAGUGAAAAUACAUUUAUAUAUUGUAUGAAUACAUUCACUUGAUAACUAUGGCUUCCGCCUUUAAACCUCAUAUGGUAGUUGCGGCUUUUGAUUUUGGCACGACAUACAGCGGCUACGCAUUCUCCUAUCGUGAUGAACCAACACUCGUCCAGACAAACCAGGGCUGGGAUGACGGGUCUGGCAGCUUAAUCUCGAUGAAAACCCCCACAUGCGUGUUACUUACCCCAGAUAAAGAGUUCGACUCGUUUGGCUAUGAUGCGGAGAAUAAAUAUUACAGUCUAGCGGGAGAGAAUAAACAUCAAGGGUGGCUUUUGUUCCGCAGAUUUAAAAUGCUGCUGCAUAAUAACGAGAAUAUAUCAAGAAAGACUAUGGUUUACGACAUCAAUGGGGUGGGUAUGCCCGCUGUUACUAUUUUCACCAUGGCGAUACGUUACUUGAAAGAUCAUCUCUUUAAAUCUGCGGACCUAUUCUCGUCCGGAUUUGUUACGGAGCGUGACGUGAAGUACGUGCUUACUGUGCCAGCUAUCUGGACAGACAGUUCAAAAAUGUUCAUGCGGGAGGCAGCUGUUGAGGCCGGGUUAGCAGAUUCCCGCCUCAAGUUAUGUCCAGAACCUGAAGCAGCUUCCAUUUAUUGGCAAACUGUUUCAAGCGUGUUUGCCAGAGGGGAUCAGCCGCAAGCAGGAACAUCUUAUAUGGUUGUGGAUUUAGGAGGUGGAACUGCUGACAUAUAUGUCCACGAGAAGUUGAGCGACCAGACAAUUAAAGAACUGUACAAAGCCAGCGGCGGGCCUUGGGGCGGAACCGUGGUAGACAACAAUUACCUCGGAUGGCUCACACAAAUAGUUGGAGAAACCGCAAUGGAAAGAUUUAAAACUGAAAAGAUGGUCGAUUAUUUUGAUUUACUGAGAGAUUUUGAAGUAAAGAAAAGAACAGUCACUUCUGAAACAGAGGGCAAGAUCGCAUUUAAGUUUUACGUAUCUUUGAAGAACCUGUAUGAAGAACUUGAGAGUGGAAAUUUAGUGGAUAAACUUUCUUCUUCAGGACUAGCUGACAUGGUGUCUUUGAAUGAUAAAGAAAUCUGCAUCGACGCCUCCAUAGUGAAGAGCUGGUUUAAUGAACCAGUCACAAAUAUGAUAGAUCACGUGACAAAAAUUCUAUCAAGGCCGGAUAUGCAAAGGGUUGAGAACGUGCUGCUUGUUGGCGGUUUUGGCGAAAGUAAAAUAGUUCAGGACGAGAUGCGGAGGAGAAUUGUGGGUAAGGAACUGAUCAUUCCAACAGAACCGAGUUUGUCCGUUUUAAAAGGUGCUGUACGAUUGGGACAACUGCCAUCACUAGUGUCAGCCAGAGUGAUCAAAGUUCGGUCAGAGCGCGGAAGUGUUUGAUACUAAAUGGUGUUAAAGGUAUUGGGAUACCUGCUACAACUAGUCAGAUUUAUCAAAGUUCAAUCAGACGCGUGGGAAUGUAUAAAGGCUGUUGUUCUUAAAGACGCAGGCAGUGCUGAUAUAAGGUUAUAUAAAUAUAUGUCUGUUAAUAAGUAUAGUCUACAUUUUUUUUUUAAUUUGACUGCUGGCAUGUUUUAACUAGUCAUGUCUUUGUAUAAAACUUAAACAGCGUUUUGACAGUGUUGCGGACGAACUGAAGUUUUUACAUAAAGUUAGAAACGGUAGAAAGUAUCGAAACAAACAUAUUUACAUGUUUUGUUGAAACAAUACCUUCACAUACAACAGCAAAGCAAAACAUGUCUAUAAAUCAGAUUGUUCGCAAAUUGUUUGAAGCAUUGAAAGAAAUACUGUAAGGUAGUUCUGCACGUUCUGAUCGAAAAUCGAAUUUUCUACAAUGUAGAAUUCGGUUAAACUCAGAUUUUUUAAAGCUUUGGAAUCCACUUAGAAAAUUCAGCGAAUAAAAAAGAUAGGGUCAUGUGCUUGAUUUUUUGCUAGACUGAUUUGAAAAAAUUGUACAUCACGUAAUUAUUCUUAAUGGGAGUCAAUGGAAAAUGUCAGAAAUGUUUUGCCAAAUGCAGAUUACAUGUAUAAUGAAACUUCUCACAGGCGUAAAUAAAUAGUUUUGCCUAUAUGGUGAAAUUGAGUAUAUAGGCACAUGUGCUAGUAGUUUUUGUUUAAAGUAUUUGACCAUGAUUAAAGUAAACAGCACAUUUCAAGCUAUUUUUUAAAUAUAAUUUUGAAGUAUUUAACGUGUCAGAUGUUUUAGUAUCAUAUUUUAACUUUAGAAAGAUAGUAAAUGUGUCUUUGUUAUAAAGUUAAUCGCAUGUUGCCACUGAUUCACAAACUGGUUUUCAUUUCCGUACGCCGAAUCCAGGCUUUAUUCUACCUUUUCCGGAAAAAUGACGUAACACCAUCACUUCAAACGUACUGAAAUACCUUAAUUACAGAAAAAUAUAUAUUGUAUUUUCGAUGUAUUCAAGGAAGUGAUUUUAAAGUAUACUUAUGUUCAAAAUGAAUUAUUUCUUCAGACAAUAUUGUUUUUGUAGAAAGAAAAUAUAAAGAAAUUUCUACUGAAUCUGAGAAAAAAAUGGACACCUAUGAUGAUAACACUGAUAAAAUAGAUUGUUAUUUGAAAUCCUCACACAGAGCUGCAUUAAGCAUCCAUCCCAGGGAGCAACGCAAUCAGUUUGUUUAAGGCAGAUGGCUACUUAAGAGUUGAAAAAGAACAAAAAGUCAAUCUAAGAAGUUAGCAAAUUGGCUGCAUAUGCAAGUGGUAUAGAUCUUUUUACACCGUGCUAAUUCCUUAGCAACGGGAAACAAUUUUUGCGCAUGCGCACUCUACGUAGGGCAGAAAGACGUGACUGCACAAUAUAAAUUACGUUAGAAUUAUACUGUACUUCAAUCUAUUCGAUCAAUAAUGAGUUUGUUUUAUAGUAAAUAUCGACUGAAAGACAAAGGAAAGUAUAUGUAGAUCUUUGCAAACCCACAGCUGAUAUAGUUUAACUUAUGGUUGCCUCUAAGACAGACUUAACUGUUGUCCAAUUUUCUGGGAACAAACGGAUAACAGACUUUCUGCGUUUUUUAUUUAUGCAACAUUUUUGUAACAUACAUUCCAGACUUUAACCAGGAUUUAUGUACAUACAAUAUCUGAUGAACCUAGCACAUUUGUACGUAAUUUCUAUUUAUACAUUUUUCAUGUGUUUUUAUCGGCAAUAAAAAUUACCCCACUAUUA